UUAAGGUAUUCUGCAAUAAUGGGGACGUUCCUGAGUUCCUUGGGGAAAGGAGGGCCACGGCCGCCACCGCAGAUGGUCGGAUUUUUUAUGGGAGCGCUUUAUAACCAAUUCGUGGAGAAGGAUAUCACCAACUUUGAUUCAUUCCACAUUGCCAUUCUUGACAUCUUCAACACUUUCAACGCGGCACUGCCCGGCAAACAUGUGGACAUUCCGUCGCAAAGCAAAGUAGAGGAAUGCUUUCGACAGUGGAAAGAAGCCGCCAAGGAGACAAAGAAAAAGAAGGUCUUUGUGAAUUUCAUGACAGAGAACGUUACUGUCAGUAAGUUGGAUGACUCCACAGUCAUCGUCGGAGUACUAACGCCACCGGUGGCUAUGGCGGCCAAGAAGGCCGGAGAGAAUGUGCCACAGCUGAUGCUUAUCAAGAACAUCCCCGAUGUCAUUUUCGUGCCAGCGGCUACUGUUUUAGCCCUCAUCUCUGUAAAGCUGUCUGGAAGAAUUCUCAACAAGGCUAUAGUCCCCCCAGAGCGGAAAAUUUAAGGAAUUCAAACGCGUCAUACGACCCAAAAGAAAAAUGCAUGUGUGACUAUAAAUAAACAGGAGAAGUUCUUGACUGCAA